CAUCUGUAACAGACAUGUUAAGAUCUUUGACCUGUAAUGUAGUUGUUUACAAACAAAAUGUACAGUAUUUGUAGGUGUGUAGUGUUUAAUGCUAAUACAAAAAAAGCGAUUUGGGACAACUGGCGGCGAAAUGCUGGCCAUAGCAAAUGGCAAAACAUUAAGCACAUAAAGGCUUUGAAAGAUUCACAGAAAUCCGCUGUCUUCACGAAAAUGUCACGUUUAAUACGCGUGGCCGUACAAGAGGGGAAAAGUGCAGAUCCAGAACACAACGUCCAGUUGGCGCAAGUAGUUGAAAGAGCUCGAAAGAACAACAUGCCUGUAGCAUCUAUUGAAAAUGCCAUAAAAGCAGCACAGAAUUCAAAAGUGGCUAGCAAACCUGGUCUCAUAGAGUUGAAGGGUCCUGCAGGCUCACUGAUGCUUGUCUCAGUGUUAACUGAUAACUUGGCAAAAACAAGAACAGAAUUACUGACAAUCAUAAAGAAGACAAGAGCUACUGUGAGUGAUGGUGGUGGUCGAAUGUUUGAACACAAGGGAGUGUUUGAAGUAACAACACCAGCAGGAGUUGGCUUUGAUGUUGCUGAGGAACAUGCAAUUGAGGUGGGAGCUGAAGAGGUGCAUCAGUUAGAUGGGGAUGUCUUGCAGUUUAUAUGUGCAGCUGAACAGUUCUAUUCUGUCAAAAAGGGUCUGCAGACAAGACUGUAUGAUAUUAGAUAUGCAGAACAAGAAUACAUUCCAAAGAGCCAAGUGACACUGAGUGAUGAUAUUUUGGAUGAACUGUCUUCUGUUUAUCUGAAGCUAGAACAGCAUCCAGAUGUUGUUAGGAUAUAUGAUAAUAUUGCAUGAUGAAGGAAAUGAAUUAUGAUGUUUUCAGAGAAUGUUGUAAAUAUUGCCAUCAAUACAAAAAAGACAACAGCCUUGUUUAUGUCAUUAAGUAACUGAUACCAAUUACCAAGACCUGCCUCUCUCCUUGAGUAUAUUUAAGAUACAUAGACAACUGGGACUUGUACUGUGUAAUGAAGAUUAACAUUCACAGUUGUAUUUGUUUAUAGUAUUGCAUAAGCUACAGCAUAUUACAUAUGUUCUAUCAUUAUCUUCCACAAGUGUCCCAUGUUGCACUAAAGAAGGAGCAGUAAUUCAAGAGAUAUGUUUUGAUUUCAAUUUUUUGUCAAUUUGAUUAAAAGGUACAUUU